AAGGGGCCAGUGCUACUGGAAGGAGGAACACACCUGGCAGGGAGAAGCUGAAAAGGAACCAGAAGAGUCCCAAGGCAGAGGACCCCAGUCCCGUGCUGGCGGAGACCUCACAGUGCUCUGAGGAGGAAAGGAUGACCGAAGUGAAGGUGAAGACGGAGCUUCCUGAUGACUAUAUCCAGGAGGUGAUCUGGCAGGACGACGCCAAAGAGUCCAAGAAGAACAUCAAGGAAGGGUCAGGGGAUGUGCCUGCCGAGAUCUGUGUGGUGAUUGGUGGUGUCCGGAACCAACAGACCCUCGGGUCCUACGAGUGUGGAAUAUGUGGGAAGAAAUACAAAUAUUAUAACUGUUUCCAGACCCAUGUGCGAGCACAUCGAGACACUGAAGCAGCCUCAGGUGAAGGAGCUUCCCAGGGCAACAACUUUAGGUACACGUGUGAUAUUUGUGGAAAGAAAUAUAAAUAUUACAGCUGUUUUCAGGAGCACCGAGACCUGCAUGCUGUGGAUGUGUUUAGUGUCGAAGGAGCUCCAGAGAAUCGGGCAGACCCUUUUGAUCAAUCCGUUGUGGCUACAGAUGAAGUAAAGGAGGAGCCUCCAGAGCCAUUCCAGAAAAUCGGGCCAAAAACUGGUAAUUACACCUGUGAAUUUUGUGGCAAGCAGUAUAAAUACUACACCCCUUACCAAGAACAUGUAGCCCUUCAUGCCCCCAUCAGUACCUCCGCUGGGUGGGAGCCGUCUGAUGAACCUGACGCUAGUUCUGAGUGUUCGCAUCCAGAGUUCUCUCGAUCUCCACUCUUCAUGGCAGUGAAGACACCGACGAGCCAGUCGGGCAAAAAAACGCCAGCUUCCAUAGUCCGGUGCUCCACCCUUCUACAACGCACCCCCUCUGGUGCCCCUCCAGCCUCCCAAACCCAGAUGUUCCGCACUCCAAAUUCCGGAUCCCCAGGAAGCAAGGCAACCACAGCAGAAAGCGCCUUCAGUAGGAGAGUCGAGAGCAAAGCACAAAACAACUUUGAAGAAACCAACAGCAGUUCUCAAAACUCAAGUGAACCUUACACCUGUGGCGCUUGUGGGAUCCAGUUCCAGUUUUAUAACAAUCUCUUGGAGCACAUGCAGUCCCAUGCAGCUGACAACGAGAAUAACAUCGCCUUCAACCAGCCCCGGUCGCCUCCAGCGGUUGUGGAAGAGAAGUGGAAACCACAGCCCCAAAGGAACAGCACGAAUAAUACUUCCGUGAGCGGUUCGGCGCCCAACAGCACCAUCCCGGAGAAGGAGCGGCAGAACAUCGCGGAGAGGUUGUUGCGAGUGAUGUGCGCAGACCUGGGCACGCUGAGUGUGGUGAGCGGGAAGGAGUUCCUCAAACUGGCCCAGACCCUGGUGGACAGCGGGGCCCGCUACGGCGCCUUCUCAGUCACCGAGAUCCUGGGCAACUUCAAUACGCUGGCCUUGAAACACUUGCCUCGGAUGUACAACCAGGUGAAGGUGAAGGUGACCUGCGCCCUGGGCAGCAACGCCUGCCUGGGCAUCGGCGUCACUUGCCACUCGCAGAGCAUCGGCCCCGACUCCUGCUACAUCUUGACGGCCUACCAAGCCGAGGGCAACCACAUCAAGAGCUACGUCCUGGGCAUCAAGGGCGUGGACAUCCGCGACAGCGGGGACUUCAUCCACCACUGGGUGCAGAACGUGCUCUCCGAGUUUGUGAUGUCCGAGAUCCGGACGGUCUACGUGACAGACUGCAGGGUCAAUUCGUCCGCCUUCUCCAAGGCUGGCAUGUGCCUUCGCUGCUCAGCCUGUGCCUUGAACUCGGUGGUGCAGAGCGUGUUGAACAAGCGGACGCUGCAGGCCCGCAACAUGCACGAGGUGAUCGAGCUGCUGAAUGUCUGCGAAGACCUGGCGGGCUCCACGGGCCUCUCGAAGGAGACCUUUGGCUCCCUGGAGGAGACGUCGCCCCCGCCCUGCUGGAACUCGGUGACGGACUCUCUGCUGCUGGUGCACGAGCGUUACGAGCAGAUCUGUGAGUUCUACAGCCGCGCCAAGAAGAUGAACCUCAUCCAGAACCUGAACAAGCACCUCCUGAGCAACCUGGCCGCCAUCUUGGCCCCCGUGAAGCAGGCGGUGAUCGAGCUGAGCCACGAGAGCCGGCCCACCCUGCAGCUGGUGCUGCCCACUUACGUCAAACUGGAGAAGCUCUUCACCUCCAAGGCCAACGACGCCGGGGUCGUCAGCAAGCUCUGCCACCUCUUCUUGGAGGCCCUGAAGGAGAACUUCAAGGUGCACUCGGCCCACAAGGUCGCCAUGAUCCUGGACCCCCAGCAGAAGCUGCGGCCGGUCCCGCCGUACCAGCAUGAGGAGAUCAUUGGCAAGGUGUGCGAGCUCAUCAAUGAGGUGAAGGAGUCCUGGACUGAGGAAGUGGACUUUGAGCCUUCCACCAAGAAGCCACGGGCCUCCGGAGAAGCCACCCCAGCUCAGGAAGAUGACCGGUUUGGGAAGAAUGAAGUUUAUGAUUAUUUGCAGGAACCUCUCUUCCAGUCCACCCCUGACCUCUUUCAGUACUGGUCUUGUGUUACCCAAAAGCAUACGAAACUAGCCAAAUUGGCCUUUUGGCUCCUCGCGGUGCCCGCCGUGGGGGCCAGGAGUGAGUGUGUAAAUAUGUGUGAGCAAGCACUUCUCAUUAAAAGGAGGCGACUUCUUAGUCCGGAAGACAUGAACAAACUCAUGUUUUUGAAGUCCAAUAUGCUUUAA